UCGGACGGUUACAGGUCAUUUAAACAAAUCGGACAUUAAGUGAUUCAUUAGUUCAUGUGACUUGUCGGAGUUUAAAAACAGAAAUUCACAAUAGCAGUGGUCAUUCCGGCUUCAGAAUGUUUCGGUUGCUGAUUCUUUUUGCUGUUGUGUGCAAUACUUUCGUACUUGGGGAACUACGAACACCUCAAUUCACUAGGAUUCCCUUAUACAAGUUCAAAUCUGUGAGAAGAACUUUAGAAGAUGUUGGCACUCAUGUACAACAGGUACAGCUAAGAUAUGGAGCAGUAAAUGGGCCCACACCUGAACCAUUGUCCAAUUAUUUAGACGCUCAAUAUUAUGGGCCAAUCAGCAUUGGAACUCCUCCACAGAGUUUUAAAGUUGUUUUCGACACUGGUUCAUCAAAUCUAUGGGUACCCUCCAAGAAGUGUUACUACUCAAACAUUGCCUGCUUACUGCAUAACAAAUAUGAUGCUACUAAGUCCUCAUCUUACCAAAAGAAUGGCACCAAAUUCGAAAUUAGAUACGGAUCCGGCAGUUUAAGUGGUUUUCUCUCGUCUGAUACUGUCAGCGUUGGUGGUUUGAAAGUGAAGGGUCAAACAUUCGCUGAAGCCAUGUCCGAACCCGGUUUGGCAUUUGUAGCCGCCAAGUUUGAUGGUAUUCUAGGUUUAGCUUAUAGUAGAAUAUCCGUUGAUGGAGUGAAACCCCUAUUCAAUAACAUGGUGGACCAAGGCUUAGUUUCGCAGCCCGUAUUUUCGUUCUAUCUUGAUAGAAACCCAGAUGCUGCCCAAGGUGGUGAAUUGAUCCUGGGGGGUUCUGAUCCGGCUCAUUACAAAGGCGAUUUCACCUAUUUACCCGUUGACCGUCAGGCUUAUUGGCAAUUUAAGAUGGAUGGUGUGAAGGUAGGUUCCCAGUCGUUCUGCAAAAACGGAUGUGAGGCUAUUGCCGACACCGGUACCAGUCUGAUUGCUGGACCAGUUGAGGAAAUCACCAACAUCAACAAAGCUAUCGGCGCAACUCCGUUGGUUGGAGGCGAAUAUAUGGUUGACUGUACAUUAAUUCCUAAAUUGCCAGCCAUUAAUUUUGUUUUGGGUGGCAAAUCGUUCCAACUUGAAGGAAAGGAUUAUAUUUUAAGGAUUUCUCAGAUGGGUAAAACCAUGUGUUUGUCCGGUUUUAUGGGCAUAGAUAUUCCUCCACCAAACGGUCCUUUGUGGAUUUUGGGUGACGUGUUUAUUGGAAAAUAUUAUACUGAAUUUGAUUUUGGCAAUAACCGUGUAGGCUUUGCUGAAUCUGUCUAAAGCUCUCUACAGUACCCAAAGAUUAGUUGUUUAAAUAUUGAUACAGAACAAAUGUGAUCAACAUUCAUUUUAUGGAUAAGUUAGUAUGUAUUGCAAUAAAGUUAAUUUAAAUUG